AUGGCGCGUUGGAUUGCUAUUGAAGAUGAUGUUAAAUCACUAAUUAAUUCGAUUGCUAGCGGCCAGGUUAAUACUGAAAAUUUUGAUCUCUGCCUUAACUUUGCACUUUCCAAUUUCAAAUUUCACAAAUUUCUAGAGACAGAUGAGAGUAAAGUUGAAAGGUCACUGGAUGGAAUUUAUAAAAAGUUUGUCAUCCACGGUUUGACGACGAAGGCUGAUUAUUUCAAAAAAGUCACAGCUAGAUAUUUAUCCAUGCCCUUGUACGAUGGCAAAGAAAAGUCUGCAGCACAGUACAGCAUUCUCAGUGUGCUCCUCUUGUUAGCAUCCAGUCCGACGAGCGUCUACGCUCUGUUCAUUCCCAACGCGAUACAAAAACAAAAACUUUCAAAGUCUAAGAGUGAAUCUGAAUUUAAGGGCGACGUUUUCAAAUUUUGCAAAAUAUGGCUCGAAAAAAAUGUCACUCACCCGUACUGGAAGUCUGGCAGGGACGAUGUUUGGCGUAAUUACAUCGCCAAAUACGGCACUCCCGACUCAAAAGUACUAAAGAAUCGUUCUAGAUUUUUCUCCAUUUGGAAUGCUUACAUACAAGAAGAAUCAUCAUUGGUAAGUCAUACAAUGAAGCAGUACCUGCUAUCCGAAUACCAAGUUAUCAGAGAGACAUUAUGGAUGCUUAGCGGAAAUAGCCAGCAGUUGUUUGUCUUCAAAUGGAAUGGUUGCAGAUUCAAACGUAACAGUGACGUCAUAAUCGCCCAUCUUGCCGAGAAAUCUCUACACAAAAUCCUCAACGAUCUGUCUACAUACGGUUCGAUGAUCGUCCAUUUGAGAGCAUACUGCGACGCCAUAUUCACAAAUCGUCUGGACCCCAAUCACACUAAUCCAUUGGACUCCAGUUACACUAAUAGAUCUGACGCCAUCUUCAUUAAUCAGUCGGAUCUAGCUGUUUCUAAUUGCAACCAAAACACAACAGGCAAUAAUAUAAACAACAAAACUGAUUUUAAAUUGUCUAUGGUGUCGAUGAAAGAGCGGAAUUUGUAUUCUUUGGUGCCCGCGACACAGACGCAUCAAGCUCUUGCUGAAGUUACUGCCAAGUGGUUGAGGGGAUUUCAAUCAGUCCUGGUGGUUCUUGAGAAGGAAACAUUAAUGCAAGAGGGAACCACAACAUUAGUGAAUGUAGCUUUCAGGUUGAUGAAGCACCUGAAGCAAAUCUCCAUCAUCUAUCACUUCUUAUUCGAGGGCGUCAUGAAUCUAGUUAUAGAUUUUUGGCUUGCCAUAAGCCGGCCGACCAUAGAUAUAAUAGACGUUUGGUUCAAUAAGGGCGUACUCUAUGAUAUCUAUGGCGAGUUUUUCAUCCGAAAAGGUCCCAAAUGGAGUGCGAUGGAUGAAACGUUUUGGGAUGAAUGUUUAAUUCUUGAUGAUGAUGACGACGAUGACGCUGAUGAUGAUAACGAUGAUGAUGAGGGAAGUCAUGGUAAUAGUAGCAAUCCUCUUCAUCAUCACCAUCAUCAAAGACAUUUAAGUUAUCAACGAGAGCAAAGAACAAAGAGACAGCAGCUCAUACAAGAGCCGCAAAUACAUUGGCGACACCAACUGCAGCAACAACAGCUGCUACUGCAACAGCUUCAGCCUCAACAACAUCAACAACAACAUCAGAAACAACAACAACAACAAACAUAUGAUUCGUCAUUCAAAUUUGCCGCCAAAAGUUAUUUACUCGAUUGUGACGAUUUCUUAAGAAAGAUUGUAAUGAACUCAUUUCAAUUUUCUGACGAUGAAGAUGACGUUAAUGAUGACGCUAAAAAAAACAACAACAUCAACAACAACAUCAACAACAUCGACAACAUCAACAACAACAACAAAUUAGACAUAGGCAACAUAGAAAUCAAACUAAACAAAACGAUAUACCAGCUUAUAGAGCAUAGAUAUAAAAGCGUCUCCAACAAACUCAUACUAACGCUCAAGCACAAUUUCAAGCUCGACUCACACUUCAAAGCGAUCAGGAAUUGUUAUUUGAUGGAGUCUGGUAGGGUUAUAUGGACCGUUAGUAGAGUUGCCAACAAAACUAACAACAACAACAACUGCGACCACAACAACUACGACAACAACAACAACAGCGAUGACGACGACGACGAUUACAGUUCGAUAAAAUAUUUCGAGACCAUGCACUUGAAGUACAGCCUGCCCUGGCCCUGCUGCCUCAUCAUCAAUUCCGAUGACGUCACAGCUUAUAAUAGAAUUUUUCAAUUUAUUAUGCAGAUCAAGUGGGCCCUCUACUCGCUACAGAAGUUGAGAUUUGGCGAUUUACCUAAAAACUUUGAAAACAUCUCGACGUCAUCGUUAAACCACGUGACUUCCGCCUCCGACAGAAACGCAACAACAGCCACUACAUCAGCCACAACAACAACAACAUCAUCACCAUCCCACUCUAUGUUCAUAUUCAAGAUGAGGCUCCUACAUUUUGCCAGCAAUAUUCAUGAUUACAUUAUGACAAGGAUUCUACAUUUAGUUGGUUUGGAAUUUCAAUGUCAUUUCGACCAAUCAAACGAUUUCAAUCAUUUCAUAUCUUGCCAUAGGCAGUACGUUAAGACGCUAUUGGAAAGGUGCAUGCUGCACAAAAAAGUCGAAUUCAUCAAGGAGAUGAUUAUGAAGAUUUUAAAAAUCGCUAUAAGAUUCUCACAAAUCUGGAACUCCGUCAUUCAUAUUAAUAAUAAUAAUAAUAAUAAUAACAAUAAUAAUAAUAAUAGUAAUGAUAUUCUUGAUAAUAGUAGUGGUAGUAAGUUUGCUGCGAAAAAUAUGCAUAGAGAUAGCAGUGAUGAUGAUAUAAAAGUGGAUGAUACGUCUCAAGGCGUUAAGUAUGUAGAUUUUUCAGAAGUGGAGAGUCUGGAGUGCGAAUUCGCCAGAUGCGUCCAGUUUCUGUCCUCAAUGAUUAACAAAGUCGUCACCAGGGGUUCUUUCCCUCACCUGGAGUCCCUGGCUUUUACCCUAUCGACUUGCGUUGACUUGCAGCAUAACAGAGGACAACAACAACAAUAAUAAAAAUAAUUAUAAUAAUUAUUAUUAUUUUUAUUAUUAUUUAUUAUUAUUAUUGUUGUUGUUUAUUAUUGUUAUUAUUAUUACUAUGAUUAUUAUGAGGAUUUUGAUGGCAAUAAUUCCGAAUUUAUCUGAUGAGUGUCGCAUAUUUUUGUCGUUUCGAACUAUCUAUUGUUAAUGUUAUUAUUAUUAUUAUAUUUAUAUCAUUAUUAUUAUAUUAUUAUUAUUAUAUUAUUAU